GUUGAAUUCUCCUAUCCUCCCCUAAAGCCUGGUGAAGGACAUGACAGCCACAGUUUACCAGAAGAAUGGAAAUACCUGCCAUUUCUCGCCUUACCGGAUGGCGCUCACAACUAUCAGGAAGAUACCGUUUUUUUCCAUUUGCCACCGAGAUGUCAGGAUCGAACCACAGUGUAUGGCGUCUCUUGCUACAGGCAGAUUGAAGCGAAGGCAUUGAAAGUACGGCAAGCAGACAUCACCCGAGAAACAGUACAGAAAAGUGUCUGUGUUCUCAGUCAGCUGCCCUUGUAUGGGUUACUUCAGGCAAAGCUGCAACUCAUUACACAUGCGUAUUUUGAAGAAAAAGACUUCUCGCAAAUUUCAAUUCUAAAGGAACUGUAUGAUCAUAUGAACAGUUCCUUGGGCAGUACUUUGUUAGAAGGGUCACAAGUUUAUCUUGGUCUGUCUCCUCGGGAUCUUGUUCUUCACUUUAGACACAAGGUCUUGAUCCUUUUUAAGUUGAUUCUUCUAGAAAAAAAGGUAACGUUUUAUGUUGGUACUCAUGCCUUAUAUCACUUUCCAGGUAUGAUUGAACAUGGACUUACUGACUGCUCACAGUACAGACCAAGAAAGAGCCUCUCAGAGGAUACUGGCUUGCAGGAAACUACCCGAUGGUUAGAUAAUUAUGUUUCUGUGUCUUCUGCUGAUACUUCGAAUACAAACUUAAGAAUGGGAAAUGAAGGCAGAAAGAUGUCAGGAAACCAUUCAGUGGAAGGUCAGAAAAUGAAUGUGCCUUUCUCCCAGUCAGAGAAGACUUGCAAUGGAGCUCAGUCCUCCAGCAGUACUGUGCAGCGCUUGAAAGUUCCUUCCUACGCUUCUCCAGCGUCCUCUGAAAGUGACUGGGAGACCUUAGAUCCUAGCAUUUUGGAGGAGUCUAAUUUGAAAGAGGAACAUGAAGAUACAGCGUCAGAACAGGCUGAAAAUCUUUCGAGCAAAGGCAUGAGCUCAGAAAGCCUCCCAAUCACUGUACAGCCCCAGGCAAACACAGGACACACAGUGCUUGUUCCAGGACUGAUAUCUGGGUUGCAAGAGGACCAGUACGGUAUGCCACUGGCUAUUUUUACAAAGGGGUACCUUUGUUUGCCAUACAUGGCACUGCAGCAGCAUCAUCUCCUGUCAGACGUAACAGUGCGUGGCUUUGUUGCAGGAGCAACCAAUAUCCUCUUCCGGCAGCAGAAACAUCUGAGUGAUGCAAUCGUAGAAAUAGAAGAUGCUCACGUGCAAAUCCAUGAUCCAGAACUCCGGAAGAUCCUGAACCCGACAACUGCUGACCUGAGAUUUGCAGAUUACUUGGUGAAGCACGUAACUGAGAACAGAGAUGACGUUUUCCUCGAUGGCACUGGAUGGGAAGGAGGAGAUGAGUGGAUCCGGGCUCAGUUCAGUGCUUACCUUCAUGCGCUGCUUGCAGCUGUGCUGCAGCCAGACAAUGAAAAGACUUUGUCAGACUUUGGAACAGCAUUUGUAGCAGCUUGGAAAAACACCCACAACUAUAGAGUAUGGAAUAGCAACAAGCAUCCUGCUCUUGCAGAGGUAAAUUCUAGCCACCCAUUCCAGGGACAGUACUCUGUAUCAGAUGUUAAGUUAAGAUUGUCACACUCUGUGCAAAACAGUGAACGUGGAAAGAAGAUUGGAAAUGCAAUGGUUUCUACUAGUCGAAACGUUGUACAAACAGGAAAAGCUGUAGGUCAGUCGGUUGGAGGAGCCUUCACAAGUGCAAAAUCAGCUAUGUCAUCGUGGUUUUCCACUUUUACACAGUCAACCCAAAGCCUUGGUGACUAAACAAUGGUUUUGCAUGAUGCUGCUGAAUAUUUCAGGUGCAGUGCUUUCUCUGAGCUCUAAAAAGACUGCUUCAAAGCAUAGGAGUGGAGAUUAACUACCCAGGACCAAAACAAGGUAUAUGUUGCUUGCAAGCAGAUGUGGAAUAGUAUCAUUUGGUACUGAAGUAUAGAACAAUGAGUGUCUCCAUACAAUGGGAUGGCAUUUGCGGUAUAUUGGUUGUCUUUAAAAUUACUACUUUUCUUUAAAACUGAGCCUUUAUAAAGACAUUAGCAAGCAAGGCUUGUUGCAAGCCAAACGUGUUUGACUUGAGAUUUGUACAUUUUCUUGGAUGUUGAAAAUAUU